AUGCGUGAACUAACUGAAGCGCAAGAAAGACUAGAUAAGACUCUGGAGUCAGAAAUGGAAAGAAUAACUGUAUUCGGAAGAUUCGAGACAAUGAGUCAAGAAACCAAUCAGAUACUUAAAGAAGUGGGUGCGGUUAUAUGCGACCUAAAGAAAAUUGACGAUGAUAGAUGUUCCAUGGCGUCAUCAAAAUAUAGCCGAAAAUCUGGGAGAAAAAAAUCAUCUCGUCAUUCUACUAUGAGCACCACUUCGUCUACACGACAACGCAGACUUGAUUUGGAAGCAGAAUUAGCAUGCCUUAAGGCUAAAAUGAGCAUGGUUAAGGUAAAGGAGGAUUUGGACAUAGCGAAUAGAAGAGCUCUGGAGCAAAUUGAAGAGAAAAAGAUUGAAAUUGAGCGAGAAGAGAAAAGGGUGAGAGAACAGAUAGAAAUGGCCACCGAGAAAUAUGAGAUCUCAAAGGAGCUAGCUGAGAAGAAGGCCCGGAUCAACGCAUGUAAAAGGUUUGAAGAAGAAGUUGGAAUGCCCGACUUCGGGGACAAUGAUCAGAUUAGCGUAGAUGAACAUAUUAAGAAAUUUCUCGAUUCUCAGCCGAACUUGUCCAGUAACGAAGCCCAGACCCGUGAAGUAGGAAAUCAAGCUGUUCCUAUAGUCGUUAACGAUCAAGAGCCAAUGGCAACAUUCCAACUCAAUCCCCUUGCACCUACCUAUGCCAGUAAUGGGCAAGCCAUCAACAUACUACCAUACAGAAUUCAACGUCCCUCAACCAUGUGA